AUGGCAACAAAAAGAAAGAAAACCCGACAGAUUGGAAAAGGACAAGGAAACACUUUAUCAAGUACUCCAAGAAAUCCGAAAAGAGAUCGGCAUGGUCCAUGCCGCAUGGACGAGCAACCUCGACGAACUCCUCCUUCUGGCUACCUAUGCCACCUGUGUUUCGGCCCUGGCCAUUUCAUCAAAGACUGUCCAUCAAGCAAGCCAAAGGGGGAAGGACUUACUCCCUACCAAGGGAAAAAGAGAUGUUUCGGAGAGUUUAAAUGUCCAAAAUGCAAGAGAAAGUGGCUCUCUGGCAACUCAUGGUGCAACAUGGGACAAGAAUGCAUCAAAUGUAGAAUCAAUGUCUACCCAUCUAAGCAGCGACCCCUGAACAAGCAAGAAGCAGCUGCUGUAGCCCAACGGGAGCACCCAAAAGAACUCUGCGAGAAAUGUCAGCAGCUCGGCCGAUAUUGCCGAAACGAUUCACCAGACUUUAUGUAA